AUGAACCUGAAGGGCCAGGCGAAGGUAUUUGCAUUGCUGGAGGGUUUAGACUCGGUGCCAGAGGAUGCCGAGGUCUUCGUCGUUCUGGAGGGAUCCACACUGAUCCACGUCGUCAGAGCUCAGAGCGAUGUGAUGCUCUGCUUUAUCGUGCCCGGACAUAACCUGGCUGAGGUGGUCUCUGUGCAAGCCUACCUGUGCUCAGAAACCACACCUCUCACCUGGGUAGGCGGAGCCACGUUGGAGUAUGUCCAGGAUGAUGCUCAGGACCUCGCAGAGCACCUGGUAAUCCACGGUCAUCGUCUGACCUCCACGGAUCACAAGGAGCUCAGCAGCCUCUUCAACCUGGGCCAAGAGAGCUCUCGCUGGGCUAUGGACCGCCGCGUGGCCCUGGCCAUGGCCAACCUGGAUAUUCCUCACAACUGGAAUGUGCUGGGUAGCCACAGUGGAGAGGAGUGCAGUUCCCGGGAGUCUCCCCUCCACCUGGCGGUGCGGUGGGGUUUGUGUCGGCUGGCCGAGCUGCUGCUCUGCCAGCCGGGAGGUCUGAUGGCUGUCAGUCUGCCAAAUGAGGAGGGGGUCACGCCACUGCAGCUGGCACGAGAAACAGGCAACACGGAGCUCCUGGAGCUGCUCACACACCCGCCCAACCCCCUGGCCACGCCCCCUGCAGGCUUGUCCCAGGUGUGGGCAGACCGGUCCCGCUUGCUGAGGUUCUGUCACGACACAGAGAACCUGACGCUGACCGUCCGAAAAAACCUGAGGUGGAGCUCAGAGCAGAGCCGGCACGCCGACAUCCAGCUGCUCAGAGACAGGCUCAGAGAUGACGACUUCAUCAGAGAGAUCAAAGCACUCAGGAGGGAACGGACAGAGACCAUCCUAGGAAAAGAAGAGCUGGUGGAUGAUCCGACAGAGAACGCGCUGUAUCCUGAUAUCAAUGGAGGUCACACAGCUGCAGAUGAAAAUGACUACGAGGAGCCGCUGAUGUUCUGCCUGAAUGAGGAGGACGAAGAGGACGAUCCAUCGCAGGCUGCUUCUGAGAAAAGCCAGUCGAUAAGGGAGAGCCAGGCCCCGUCCUCGACUCUGGCUGCAGCUGCCAGACUGUCAGCCAUGAUCCACGGCAAAGACCAAGUGUACGCCAAUGCCAUGCUGGUGGACCAGGUCGAUGAUGUGGAUAUAAAAUACCGAUCUCCAGGGGAGGAAGAGGCAGUGGGCUCUGCGGCCCAGAUCGGCAGCCCGUGCUGGGACUCCUUCGCUGGGAGUCCCGCUGACUCAGGCAGCUGCCGGCACCCGUCCCCAUCCCAGAACGGGGAGAGGGGAGUCCAAGGCUCCGCUGUUGGUCAUCACAGGGCGCCGUCCCCUCGCGUCUCGCCCUCCUCUCCCUUCACUUCCUCCCCUUCUUUUCCUUCCUCUCCACUGGCCUCCGCCUUUCGGCUGUUUGAGGGAGGACAGAGGCGUCAGACCCAGCCAUGCCCGCCAGUCUCUCCUGGUUUCGGCCACAGAGGAGCCAGCUUGCCAGAGGCGACCCGGGGCCUGAGUCCCAGUCUUGAGUGUGACAGUGGAGAAGAGGACAUACUGGGUCACUCCUACCCGUCCUCGUCUCCAAAGCUUCAGCCUGUCCUGCAGUCCAGCUCAGGAGAAGAGAGGGACUCUUUUGACACAUCGCCAGACUUCAACCGCACACACUCUGACAGCACGCACAAGUCUACCAAGAAUCCAGAGGAAGCUGAGGUCCGCCUGCGCUCCUACUCUUACUCCUCCCCCAAGGCGAAGCCGUCGCGCCCGCUGCUAAACCGAGACGCAGCCAUCUCUGACCUGGCAGAAGAGCAGAGGGCGUUCAGCCUAACUGAGACUCCAAGGGAAAAGAGGGUUUUGGGUUUCCGUAAGCGGGCCCAGUCAGCAGAGGAGGAGAGCAGCGCUUCACUCCAACACCUCACCCUCACAGAGUUCCUCAAAGAGAUCGAGGAUGAGGAGUGGGAUAAAUAUAUAAUCCCCUCCAAGGCUGAGUCGGAAAAAUACAAAGUCAGCCGGACCUUCAGCUUCCUCAAAAGCAGGAUGUCUAGCACGCGCAGCAAGACCAAGGUGAAGGGUAAAGAGGUGAAGGAGGGAAAAGAGAAGCCAGGAGCCGCUAACGGACACCAGUUUGUUCCUGUCUCUCCAUCUGGUCCCUGUCUCUGUGUGGCCUGUGAAAAGUCCAUUUCUGGGAAGGAGCUGUUGCAGUGCUCCAAUUGUUUGUUGAACGUCCAUAAAGGAUGUCGAGAGUCGGCUGCAGCCUGUGGGAAGAAGCCUCAGGAAAGGAAUGCGUUGACGAUGAAAAGCAAGGCCUUUUCUCUCCCACAGAACUCUGUGAAAGACAACACUCCAGCCUCCCUCUCCUCCACCUCCUCCUCCGCCUCCUCCUCCUUCUCCUCCUCCUCUUCGCUUCCAGCCACGACUAAAGACAAGCGAGAGACAGCAGUGCCUCUCGCCAAGAGCCUCUCUGUCUCUAUAGACGGCAGACGGCUGAGUGAUGUGGACAGUGAGGCCAGUGUGACUGCCUUGGCGAGCGGCUCGUUGGCUGAUGAGGCGACACCGAUCACAGCAACACCACCAUCUGCCGACCCCCCCCCUCAGCAAGAGGCAGUUGACGCCCCCCUGCUGAGCGACCUGUCCGCCGACCUCCUGGGACUCGAGGCGGAGUCGUGGAGUCUCGCAGUCAGCCCAGACUUCUGCAGACAGCACGACAAACACACCAUCAAACGACAGGAUGUCAUUUAUGAGCUGAUGCAGACGGAGCUGCACCACAUCCAGACGCUGACGGUCAUGUCGGAGGUGUUCAGGAGGGGCAUGCUGGAGGAGCUGCAGCUGGACUGGGACUGUGUGGCCCGGAUCUUCCCCUGCUUGGAUCCUCUGCUGCUCUUCCACAGGAAUCUGUUUGGAGCGCUGCAGGAACGCCGGCAGGCCACCACCCAGCUCGAAAACCCUCGGAAUCACCUCAUCCAUCGGAUCGGGGACAUACUCCUUCAACAGUUCUCAGACGAAAACGCUGAGAAGAUGAAGCAGGUGUACGGAGAGUUCUGCAGCCACCACACGGAGGCCGUCAACGUCUUCAAAGAGCUGCAGCAACAGAACAAGAAACUUCAAAUCUUUGUCAAACAACAGAGCAAUAAAUCUCUGGUCAGACGGAGGGAGGUGCCAGAAUUUAUCCUGCUAGUCACUCAGCGCAUCACCAAGUACCCAGUGCUGCUGGAAAGGAUACUGCAGUACACUCAGGAGGGGAGUCAGGAGCACUCUGACCUGUCACGCGCCUUGGCUCAGAUCCGUGAUGUCAUCGCUGCAGUGGAUCUGAGCGUCAGUAAGUACGAGCGGGGUCAGGAGCUGCAGGAGGUGCUGGCCCGGCUGGAGAACAAAAGCUUCGCCAAAUUAAAGAACGGCAAGGUGUUUCGCAAACAGGAGCUGCGCAGCCAGCACAGGGUCCUGCAGCACAAAGGGCUGGUCUACUGGAAGACGGCCACGGGCAGACUGAAAGACAUUUUAGCACUCCUGCUCACCGACGUUCUGGUUUUCCUGCAAGAGAAAGACCAGCGCUUCGUGUUUGCUGCUGUGGACCAGAAGCCUCCUGUAAUCCCUCUGCAGAAGCUCAUUGUUAGGGAAGUAGCCAAUGAGGAGAGAGGGAUGUUCCUUAUCUCCGCCUCCUCAGUGGGACCGGAGAUGUAUGAAAUUCACACCGCCACCAGAGAGGAGAGGAACGCGUGGAUGAGGCACAUUCGACAAGCUGUAGAGAGUUGUCCUGAAGAGGAGGAGGAGGAGGAGCGGAGUGCUGAGUCGGAGGAGGCCAGGAGAGCCGCCGAGGCCAGAGUUCAAAAGAUCCAUAAGUUCCAAGAGACUCUGCUGGGUCAGGACCAGCGGAUCUGCAGCAGCCUGGAGGAGAAGCUGCAGCUGUACGCCGAGCUCACGGAGUUAACCCUCCGCUCACCAGAACCUGCACCACAGCGCCACCUCCUGGUCCAACCAGACACUGACAGUGAGAUGACACGACAGGCUUCCACUCUGCUCACAGCGGCCCUGAGAGAAGCGGAGAAGCUGAUCGCCAUUCUUCAGACCCGUGAGGCCUUUUCUGUACACAGCCAGGGCUCUCCUGUGCAGGGACAAGAGUGCUGCAGCUACAACAGCCACGGCAGCAUCCAGGAGUCUCCCUCUGAACCGGAUUAUCUGAGCACGCUCAGUGUGAGCUCCACCUCUCUCGUGUCAGACAGUGAGUGGACAGGGCCGGACAGCUCGAUGUGGAGCUCUGCUGCAGAGCUGAGGAGAGGAGACACCAACGGGACACAGAUAAAGGUGGCAGAGUGUGUCCAGAGUCUGACUCAGCUACUUUACAGUCUGCAGGCUGCUGUUACCCUGCAGGACAGUUGUUAUGAAGUCCAGAAACUCCUUCUUCUGGAGGGAGAGCGACCACAGCUCCGCACCCCCACUUCCCUCCUAAACAACCUGGAGCAGGAGAAGCAAAGGAGUGUCGAUAAGAGGAGAGAGGAACUGGAAAGGAAGAGCUUAGAGAGGAAGAGAGAGGACGUGGACGGGGUUCAGAAACUCCAUGCGAAGCUGAAACAGGAGCAGCAACGCUGGGACAAAGAGUGUCUGGCCAGGGAAAAACAGCAGAGCGAGCAGGAGAGUCUGCUGGAGCAGCGGGAGCAGCAGUGCCUCCUGGAGGCCGAGAGGCUGCGCUGUGAGCGAGAGGAGCUCGAGGCCCAGCUGCUGGAGUAUCAACAAAACCUGGACAGGCUGAGGGAGGGCCAGAUGAGCGUGGAGAGGGAAAAGGAGAAGAUUGAAGCCCAGCAGAGGCUGCUCCAGAGCUGGAGACACAACCGCCAGACCAGCCUCCCUGUUAUGAUACCACUGGAUGGAUACCAGGUGUCCAGCCACAGUCGCUCAGGCAGCCUGGAUGGAAACUGUUCUGUGUAUGAGAACGAGGCCGCUCUGCUUCGCUCCCUCCAGCAGAAUCACCUCCAUCAGCCCAACAACAACCAGCACCAGCGUCUGCACACCGGACCGAGGAAGAACCAAGACGGCCCCCUGCACAGCCCCAGUCACACCGCUAACCUUGGCCUCAGCCCCAGUCUCUAUAACAGCCUCAACACCCUCCUCAGUCAGGCACACAGCAAAGCCCCUCCGGACGCUCUACCCUACCCAAACCACAGCCGCCCUCGUCCGCUGGGCGACUCCAUCCACCCCUUCAGCACUGGAGUCUCCACGCAACCGCAGAAGACCAACAACACAGAAUUCAGCCCGCCAUUGGACAGGUUUCCCCUGGGACCCUGGAGGACAGGGAUCACGGGCUUGGGGCUGUAUGAGGACGACUACCCCCCCUCUGCCUCUCUCACCCCCCUCCUGACCCCGCAGGCUUACCUCUCUCUGGAAGGACAAAACGGGGAGGAGGGAGUAGAGGAGAACAUUGUUUAUCUCUAAAAACCCUGAAAGAGGAACGAGCGAUGCUGACCGCCCGAUCCAGAACUGGACCGACAAAAAUAUACCUGAUAAAAAAGACAUGCUUGGUGGACAGGCUUGUGUGUGUGUGUGUGUGUGUGUGUGUGUGUGUGUGUGUGUGUGUGUGUAUGUGUGUGCGUGUGUGUUUACAUGUGCGUCCAUCUAAAUGUGAUUGACGUACUGUAUGUUCUGAGGAAUGUUUUUUUUUUUGUUUUUUUUUUCAUCUUUAAAAUAAAAUAAACCUGUAUAAUCCGAUGAGGGAACUGCAAAAGGAGGGAAGUAAAUAUUUGCAGAACUAUGUGCCUUUUUUGAAUUUAUGUCGCUGUUAAUCACUCCCUCCUGAGUAAUCGAAAACCAUUGUGCCUUUGUAUUAAAAAAAAAAACUCUUUGCAAAUCAGCUUUUAUACCUGUGCUACCCUCGUCAGUGGUAAAUUUCUUGUAAAUCACUACUUGUACUGUCCCUUUCAGUAUCUGUUGCACUUGUUUGAUGGCAGAGUUUCUCAUGUUCCCUAAACACUGGGGCCUGAAGCGCCAGGGAUUCAGGGCCUCGGCAUUAGCAUUGACGUAUUUCCCAUGAGCACUUACUGCACAAAAGAGAUAUCAGAGAUGCCAGUGUAGUCCUACAACAACCCAACACUAUGUACAGCAUAAACUGCUUUCCUAUUGUAUGAUGGUUAUGUACCUCCCAGCUGAUUUGAAAACUGAGUAUUUAAGAGGGACCGUAAGCAUUUAGGACACAAGAAAAUAUUGGCAUUAUUGUAUAAAUAUUGAAUAUAUGUAUAGUUUUAUGGAAAGGCUACCUAUGCACACUAUAAAUGAUGUAUGAUGUAUAAUUUUCCUCACUCAAGUGCCAAAAAUCUUGCUAUCCAAUACUGUAAGUGAUUCCUGUAAAGAGAUACUAUAUAGCGUUGUUUUCUGUUUAUCUCCUUUUUUUUUGACAAGUUGGUAAUUUAUUGUGUGUAAAUUGCUUUGUGCACUGUCAACAUUAAUAUUUGUUUGAUAUAUGUUCUCUGUUUGAUAUGUAAUCUCUGUAAUCAA